AGGUAGCUAUAUGUGAAUUGUGAAAAACUUAAUAAGCAAGAUUUUCCGUCGUCAUCAUUCAUAAGACGUUCUGUACAACACAACGUCGCUAUUUGUAUUUAAGUACUUUGAUGUGAAAAAGUUAUGUCGUAGCAGAUGGGAGAAGCUCAGAAAAUAGAAACGGCAACUUAAAUGAGGUAGAGUCGAUCAACUUGAACUCAGAAGUCAUAAGUUUAUUUUCGACGAUCAAUGCCAGUUUUCGUUGAAGAACACCAGAUUUGUUUUUGAGACUCGCGGGAGAUUGCAGGAAUGAAGUUCAGAGGAGAAACAUUUAGAUUUUAUACAAGACAGUUCUAGAAAGGUUGUGAAGUUUGUAUUCGCAGGUACUGCAACAUUUUCAGGUAAUUCUGGCUCUUCUUCUUGAAGCGAAUAUGUUUGACGGACAUGAAGUGAAUAAAAUAUUUUUAUAUUUCGCAUCGAUGUUCGUUUUGGCCCAAGGGUAUCACGUGUUUUUGUUCCCCGUCCCGCGAGCAAAUUCGCCAAUUGAAGUACGAGCUUAACAUAUUGAAUAACGAGUUUGCAUGGAUUCUGAUUAUAGUAGAAAUGCUGAGGCACAUGUUAAAAGAGGGGAUUGCUCACAAUGUAUUAAAAUAUCGAUCAAAUAUCGACUUUAGAAGUUUACAUGACACUUUCGCUUUAGUCCCCAAUCCCCUUUUGGACUAGUUCUUUCAAUGGAAAUUGCCAUAAGUUAUCCUUCCCUAUCUCGUGAGACCAAUCUAGCAUCAAAACACAUCUUAAAGUUUCAGUUGUGUAGCCACAACUUUGCAUGCAAAAGUCAAAGCAUUUCUUGAGUUAGAAUAGCGUCGAGUCAACUCCAUCUGAUGUCUAUCCAACAUUGCUAUUUUUAACCGGAACAAUCAUCCAUCCAAAGAUUUGGUUUUGUUAAGUUUUUAAAUUAUAUUUAGCUGACAUUAAUAUUUUAUAUACACAAAUUAAUCUGUUAUUGUUUUAUUUAAAAGUAGAUCUGACGAUUGUGUGUUGGCUGAAAUAAUCUUGGAGUGAGAUGUGAGAUGUGUUUCAUUUGGUUUCAAAGAAGUUCUCAGGUUAUCUUUCAGUGACCGCCUGGGAUGUUCAACAAGCAUCAAACGAUUCAGCAUCAGAUUUGUAUCAUCGAAGUGUUUUACGAAUUGUCAAUGAUGCACGCAACUUGUAUGAAAGAUCUUUGCUGAGUACAGCUCAGUUGCGGGUUUAUCAAUGUGAUUCCUUUUGCUAUUCCUUGAACAUAUCUGAUGUUGUGAAUGUCUCUGGAAAAAGCAGCGAUGAAUUAAACGGACUAACGCGUCCACCUAUUACAUUGGGGCAACUACACGAAGCUGUUAUUGAAACAUUACAACGCUAUUUUUGCUUCAAUAUGUCUUUAAUUGAAAUGGAACUUGGUCUAUCGUCUUUCAACGUGACUCUAAAUGAAUGGAAACUAUUUCUUCCGAAGAUUGCCGAGUCUUCUCUACAUUGCCACUCCAAUAUGUUGCGUGUACAACCGUCAGAAAUUGCUGAACUUUUGAAUACAAGUGUAUCGACUAUCGUCAGUUCCAAUCUAGAACAAUUGAAAAACAGACUCAUUUUACCCUUCACGGAUGAUAUAAUUAAAAGAAAAAAUGUUUUUGAAGAUGAGGCAAUCAAAAAGUUAGUAUCCGGUGGUUUUGACUCUCAGAAUUGGUUUUCUUUUCCUUUAUACAAUCUUAUUCUCUCUACUACGAAUCUCAGUGUCAGGGCUUUAGAAAUACUUUAUGGUUGGAACACCAAUCAGCUAUACGCACUUCAAACUGUUGUAUUGUCAAGCUAUAGAAGCUGUGGUAAUGUGACGUCGAUUGAAAAAACAAUGUAUAACAUCUCAAAAAUUAUUUUAGAAGAUUUGAGUUGUCCUGUAGGCUUGGCACUCUCGAGAUCUGUGAAGCUUGUCAAAACACUUCAUUUGCCAGAAGAAAAUGUUCGCAGGUUAAGCGUGCUAGAGAUUUUCUUCAAGGCAACGAGUAUGGACUCGUGGAUUGAAGUCGCGAAUUUACUUGGAGCGAAGCUUAACAGUGGGCUAAUCCUUGAUACUCCACUUCUGCGAGAGAUUGUGAGAGAUAACGACGGUCUUUCUCAAGAAGAAUUGGAAAACCUUUCCAUCCCUAGAAUAAUUUCUACGUACAUUCCAAUUCACGAUUUCUUUUACACUUUCAACAAAUUUUCCCCGAAAUUCCGGCAAUUACUUUCAACCUACGGGUUUACAAGAGAAGAAUUGCUGCAGUCUUCUGGUUUGCGAAUAAUAAACACGACGACAAUAAGCGAACUUCAUGAUACAGUAUUAAAGACUUUAUUUUUGCGCUAUGAUGUGAGAAAUAUUGUAUCAUUAGUUGGAUAUUCUGAUUACUUUUCACACGACUCAAAUCUGACAACGUUACCGUCUUUGGAAUGGCCAAAGAUUAUAAACGCUCUAAAGCAGCAAUCUUAUAAACAGGUCGUUCAGGCGUUUUCCCUCAAUAUUUAUGAUCAUCCAGACGCUCUAAGUAUUAUUACUCGGGAAGAUGGCUUUAGGACAAUCAAAACCUCCAUAUUUGGACCUUUUAAUGUAGCUUAUAUAAAUAAUUUAUCGAUGUGCCUGUUCAACAAGACGCUGAGGUCAGUGGAACAGAAUAAUAUCAGGGUUUAUGAAGAAUUCUAUAUUAAAAACCUCACAGUUACAACGACAAAGAAGAUAAGAUUUGAAAAUGUAACUGUGCAGAAUUUUUUGUCUGAUACUAGUCAGACUUUGGACGAAAUUGAACACACCACAUUGCUAAAAUCAGUCGAAAUGGCCACAGGUUUUCAACUUGAAGAGAUCCGAUGUCUAUACGGGGAAUCAUUUGUCUCGACUUUGAAUAGUAGUUUAACUUGGGAAAAUGUCAUGGAAACGAGGCUGUGUUAUACUUUUACAAACCUUACAUUCCUUCAACUAAUCACAGCUGUUCAAAAUGCACCAGAUGUUGAUUGUGAAAUUCAAGCUUGUGCUAUAUGUGAUAGGCAAGCUACGUGUGAUGAUAGCUCAUCCGACUCAUACAGAUGCACUUGUUUAAAUGGGUACGAAGGGAAUGGAUUGGUUUGUUCAGAUAAAGAUGAAUGUGAAAAUUCCACUGUUUGUCAUGAACAAGCAACAUGUACGAACACAAUUGCAUCUUUUAUUUGUACAUGUAGAGCUGGUUUUACUGGAGACGGAAGUAGGAACUGUACAGAUACUAACGAAUGCAGCGACCCCUCUGCUUGUCAUCCUCUAGCUACCUGUAUAAACAACAUUGGUUCCUAUAAUUGUACCUGUCAGAGUGGCUAUAUUGGUGAUGGUAGAUUUCAAUGCACAGUCAUUGAUUCCUCAUCAUCAAGUUCCCCACCAUCAAGUUUGUUACCAUCAAGUCCAUUAUCAUCAAGUCCUUCACCAUCAAGUCCUUCACCAAAAGUCAAUCAUCCUCUGACAGCAACACGGUCGUUAUAGUUAUUGCUGUAGUUGUUGCAGUGCAUAUCAUAGUGGCGGCUAUAUGUAUUGUGGGUUGCUUUUUAUAUCGGAAAAAAACGGUCGAAUUGGCAGGAGUUCAAACUGGAACAAUUCAAAAUGCUGCAUACGAAAGUGAUAAAAAUUUAAGACGAAAGUUGCCGCAAGUUCCUAAAACGGAAAAUGCUUAUGAUCAGUUGGAUGAAACCAAGAUGGUUCCAAUUGACAAAAAUUACCAAUCGCUCCUACCAAGAAACACAGAUGGUAGCACAAAUAUUGCUGUAAAUUAUGUGGUUGUUGGAGAAAAUGAACAGGAUAAGCCUAGUCUUGAACAGAAUAAAUUGCCUGAAAGUUAUGUGACCAUUGUUUCCGAAAAUAGCACUACCAUCGAGCCAAUCUAUGAAGAAUUACCUCCUUAACAAUAGGCCCGUUCAUGCAUUUAUGCUUAUAUGUAUAUACUACCUGCCACAUACUUAUAUAGAAAGACAAGAAAUUUUAUAUAAAUGUUGUUUUUAUAAUGUACAUUAUAUAUCAACGCUCAAACGGAUAUUUUUGUUGAGGCAACUAAUAGUCCGUGUUACAUAUUGAAAGUGGAAAUUGUUCGACUGCAUCGUUACUUAAUUCAGUCUUUUUUAAUAUACCGUAAAACGUUCUGGAUUUCAACUUUUUUAAUCGUUUUAUAUGAAUCAAGAAUAUAAACAAUGACUUGCUUCAUGAAAGUCUGAAUUUUAUAUGAAGAAGACAUUGAAGGAAAUCAACAUAUGUUGAGAAGUUGGGGAAAAACUUUGUCUAGAAUAGCUGAGAGCUUCAAAAUACUAUAAACUAAUUCGUAAUAUGUUGAGACUAAAA